UGGGUGAAUUUACUGGGUUCCCUUCCAUCCACCAUUUGGAUCUGAGCUUUCUGUUGCAGGUUAUCACCUCUCUCAGCACUGGAAAAGAAGGAAAAUUGGACUUUAUUUGUAGGACCACUCGACAGGAUUGAACAAGCGGCCAUGGCAACACUCAGUUGUGAAUCAUAUGAAAAGAAGUUCAAAGAUGUCACUUUGCCCCCUUUUGUGAGUGGGAUGUCUUCCAUUGUGUCCUUCGUUAACUCCGCUGUCACCUUUGGUGAUAAGGAGCUGGAGGAGUCGGAAAUUGGGAAGGUGAAGGUGGAUAUCGAGUUGGCCAACAGGGAGAUGAGGAGGGCUGAGAAAGAGGCCAGGGAUGUGAUCGACUCGAUGACAGCCGAGACCCUGCAGCUGGCGGAUGACUUUGACAAGGCCCAGCGGGAGAGGAAGGAGCAGGAGGAAAGCCUCUGGAUCAAGAAAGAUGAGCUGAUCAUCCUGGAGAGUCGCAGGUACCAGGCCAAUGAUCAGCUUCAAGCUGCCAGAUCAUCUCUGCAACACAUGGAGACUGCCCUGAACAGCGCAGAGGCCAGGAAAGGUGAUAAAAUCACCGGAAGGGACAUGGGAAUUGGUUUAAUAUUCCUUGCUCCAUGUGUCGGGAUUCCAAUGACUGUCAACUACAACAAGGAACUAAAUACCACGAAAAAGCUGGUGAAGACCGUGGACGGUGAAAUCAACCAUCUCCGAGCUGAAGUCAAGCAGAGAGAAGACGAGAUGCAUAAAUACAACAGUCAGAUCCCAGAGAAAAGCAAAGAAAUCGAGAGAUUGAAAGAGAGCGUGGCCCGCAAAGAGAGAGAGGUGGAAAAGCUGCAGAGAGCAUGUGGGCUGUUGGCUGACACCAAGUGCAAAUUGAAGUAUUGCUACAACUAUCUGUAUAGUCUCCAGGGGGCUGUGGAAGUGUUGUACAACUCCUGCCAGGACUUGUACAGUCUGGAUCCAAUCAUGCCCAUUAUAGAGGAAACACUGAAAGCCAUACAGCAGCAGAACUCCCACAAUGAGCUACUAGCCUACGAUGAAGAAGUCCAGAAAAAGGUCAAAGAGUUGAAAAUGAUCCAGUAUCGAAUGAACAUGAAGUAAAGGAGAGUCCUCCCUAUGACAAACAGACUGUCACUUAUUGAGGAAUGGAUGUGGAAUAGCAAAGGAGGCUAAAUCAAGGAAGGAGAUGAGGGGAGAUUUUCUUAUUCACUGAGUUCUUGAAGAUGGAACAUAUUGCUGACAGGCUGGUGGGAGCGGGUUCAUCACAUUGAAUAGGGAAUUAGGUAAAACUUUAAAAGGAACAGCUUGCAAGAUUAUAGGAAAGGAGCAGGACAGUAGAAUUAAUCCAAUAGCUCUUCCAAACAGCCAGCACAGGCAGAAUGGGCUGAAUGGCUCUUUUUUAUUGUGAAAUGUCAUGGUUCUAUGAAGCAGGUUGGUGUAAUCAGUCUGAUGCUGAGUCCGAUUUGAAAAUGCAGUGACGAAAGCCUCUGUUGGACUGUGUGAGGGGGAAUGUCAAUGAUUGGGGUUCAGCAGGUAGCUAUUGGAUCAGGCAAGGUGCCCACAGUUUAACAACUCUCCCUCCUUCAGAACUAAAAAAGAGUCAUACCAGACUGAAACACUAACCUGCUUCUCUCUGUUCAGAUUACAUUCCACCCUGAGCCAUAUUAAAAAUGAAUUGGUUAAAUUCAUCAGGUUUGUGGCUGAUGAGAAAGGACGAGGCGAGGUUCCUAACGGAUGUCCGUUGGAGUCUUCCCAGAAGGACAAUGUGCUGGUCCUGUCUGCUCAUCUCUACCCAUCAUUCCAGAUCUGUGAAUCCCAAUGAGAGGGACUCCAUGAAACUGGACAAAGGGCAAUAGAUGAAGCAAUGACCAUCUCUCAGGGCCAGUACAGGGACAAUGGUUCAGGAGAAGACUAUCCAGCCCCUCAAGCCUGUUCCACUGCCAUUCAAUCACAUUGAGGCUGAGCAGUAUCUCAAAUCCAUUUUCCCACUUUUUCAUUCCAUUUCUCACCCCUAGCAAAAACCAAUUGAUCCCAGACCUGAAAACUCCAGUAGAUCCCUAUUUUUUUGGGAAUGGAAUUCCAGAUUUUCCAUCUCCCUGAACAGUCUGGCUCAUAUAUUAAGGUUCUGUUUCUAUCGGUCAUAGCAGUUUCUCAGUGUCUACCCUGUCCAAAUAUGAUUAGGUCAUUCCCUGACUGUUUAAAUUCGCUAACCACUGGGUGGCACGGUGGCACAGUGGUUAGCACUGCUGCCUCACAGCUCCUGAGACCUGGGUUCAAUUCCCGACUCAGGCGACAGACUGUGUGGAGUUUGCACGUUAUCCCUGUGUCUGCAUGGGUUUCCUCCGGGUGCUCCGGUUUCCUCCCACAGUCCAAAGAUGUGUGGGUCAGGUGAAUUGGCCAUGCUAAAUUGCCCGUAGUGUUAGGUUAGGGGUAUGGGUGGGUUGCGCGUCGGUGUGGACUUGUUGGGCCGAAGGGCCUGUUUCCACAAUGUAAGUAAUCUAAUCUAAAUUCAAGGGAAUGGAGGCUGGCUUGUAAAACCUUUCCCCCCUCAUUUAACCUUUUAAAUCUCAGUAUGACUGGUGAAUCUGCACUGAAAUCCCUGCUUCCUGAACUGAACACAGUGUGACAAUGGGAGCUGACCAAGGCUUUGUACAUCUUGAAAGUAGUUCUAAUGAAUCCUGAGAGAAACUGAGCAAACCCCAGCUUGCAGGUUCCAAAUGGACCAGAGCUGAGGGAAGAUUGAGGAGGCUGAGUUGGGUUCCAAGUUUAGCAGAUACCUUUGUGUGCUGAUUAAAGGGAUACUGAGGAACAAUGAGUAAACAGGAGGGUGGGGUGGUGGGCAGAGAAUGCAGGAGGGAAAAGGAGCUCAUGGGGAUUCUUGAGUUGACAUGACUCAACACCUUGAGUGCACUUUGCUCAAUUGUCACCUUCAUUAAUUCCCUUGGAAUCAUUGAGGAUUAGUUAAACAGCAAUUUGAUAAAGUUUACAAGCUUCAGUUAAACACAGGAAUCACUGCUGGCAAACGUAACCUGAGACAGACAAGAGCAAACUUAAUGUUACUGUUCCAAUGAACCACAGCCACUGAUUGUUGAGAGAUAGCCUCCUUUCUUAUUCUUCUCCAACUUCAAUAUGAAUUUCAUGUGUAGAACCAGCUGUUUUCAUUACAUUAUAGUUUGUCAUAUUCAGAACAAAAAUCAUGAUCAUGAAUGACAUUCUCAAGCUACAUAUCUGAAUGAAUAUAAUCUUGAUAACUAAUGAAUCUUUGGACUAUUGUAAUUGUCUGUUUAUUAUUGGAAUGGGUUUGUGGAGACCUGUCUUAAUUCUCCAGAGUUAAUUAUUGUGCAUUUAUGGGAUGAAUGACUUGCAACAAUUUGAAAAAAGUGUUUGUAGCCUCUCUUCUUCCUCUGGGGAGGGUCUUGACCUUGAGUUGUUUUCUCCCUGUGGGGGUGGGGGAAAGGAGGAGCAGUUCCUGGUGAACUGAUUAUUUAUAAUGUGAUUGAAUGGUAAAACUGAUCCCUGGCUACCAUUGGCUUGUGGUGAAGCACAUUGGGCACUUCAUCCGUUUCUGAUGAAGGGCUAAUGAAGGGCUUAUGCCCGAAACGUCGAAUUUCUUAUUCCUUGGAUGCUGCCUAACCUGCUGUGCUUUAACCAGCAACACAUUUUCAGCUGUGAUCUCCAGCAUCUGCAGACCUCAUUUUUUACCCCACUUCAUCCGUUUCCCAGUCCCAGUUUUAACUGAUCGUGAUCUCCCAAAAUGAAGCUCAAAAUGAGCUGGGUUUCUAGUGGAAUAGGAGUCAGGGGUUUAACAUGGUGGCAGCAUAAUACCGACAGUGUCCAGGCUAAUUUCAGCACCCUCACCAUCUCGGCGAUAGACCUCCUGAUCACAUAUUCCAUUGUUGCUUGUGGGAACUUUCUGUGCAGUUGUUGGUUGCCAUCUUUCUGUGAUACACAACAGUGACUACAAUUUAAAGCUGCUUCCUGUCCAUAAAGUGUUUUGAGGCUUUGACAGGCUCUAUAGAAGUUCAAGCUCAUUCUUUGAGGCAAAGAGUUGGGAUGUCAGAGCUGAGCAAGCAGAUCCACACCCCUGAGAAUGGGAUUAGCAGAAAGAGUAAAUGCAAUGAGAGGGUUGUCCAAUAACAUUUAAACAAUAGUAUUGAUUUCUCGACUUUCAUUGCUCUUCCAUUGGUGGUCAUGCUUUCAGCUGCCUAGGCCUCAGCUCCGGAACUUGCUCUCUCGCACUGUCUGUCUCGCUACCUCUUAAUCUUUCUUUGAGAUGUUUCUUAAAUCUACCUCUUUAGGUAAGCAUUGACUCUGUGCCCUCAUGUGACCUGAUGUCAAUUUUCGUUCAAUAAUAUCACUGAGAAGCAUCAAAUGAUGGUUUUACUCUGUUAAUGGCGAUAAACAAAUGAAACUUGUUGAUAAUUUGCUUAUUCAAUGACAUGAACCGUUUAAAGUCAUGUGUGUUGGAAUGGGAACUGAUUGGAAGAUAUUUUCUCAGUUCACCCUGAUUGGUUAACACUUUGAGAAUGAUUUUACUUUGACUAGUUCCAUGACUGAUCACAGCCAAAGAUUCCUGACAGAAGGUCCUGGUUUCAGUGAAUCAUUUUUACAACAGCUCGCCCUGAAAUUGAGUGAGCCUGUAAAAUAAUUGUAUUUUUAUUGAAAUGUGCAGACAGUUUCCAGAGAAGUUUGUUGGUUACAUAUAUUGGAAUAUAAGAGAAUUUAUCUAUUUUUGAUGACAGAUUAAUUUGUGUAACUGAAGAUUGUUGGUGUACUGUAUUGACAAGUAGCUGUGGGUGGUACUCCAGUCUCUACAAUCAAUGCCCACUGUCUAUGUGCCAGUAAGGGGCACAGGCAACAAACAAGGAUGUGGAGAACUCAGAAACACUUGUCCUGAAUGUCUCAGUAAACAUUAUUGGUGCUGGCCCAAGACCCAGGAUCCUCUGGGUUGGUGGUUCAAAUCCCCACCAAGGCAAGUUGGGAAACUGAAUUGGUACAAACUGGAGGGUCUGGAAAUUGAUGAUCAAAACUUGUAGAUUGUUGUAUAAACCCGACUGACUCCUAAAGGUCAGGAGUCAGGGGGUUAAUAUGGUGGCAGCAUAAUACCGACAGUGUCCAAAGUAAUUUCAGCACCCUCACCACCUCGGCGAUAGACCUCCUGAUCACAUAUUCCAUUGUUGCUUGUGCCAACAUUUCUCCCACAACCAUAUGACAGCAGCAGAUUGUCUGAUUGCCAUCAGGUUGCUGUUUGUGGGAUCCUGCUGUGCACAAUUUUCGACUGUAUUUCCCACAAGGUACUUCACUCAUGUCUGAAACAUUCCGGAACAUCCUGAGGGUGAGGGGCGUUACAUAAAUUUCUACACCUACUCAGUUGAGAAUACAAUUGAGGAGCUAAAUUCACAAGAAUUAAAGAGGGCUGGAUUGCUGAAGGAUUUCUGCAGCGUACAAUGGUUAAGGAGAAAAUUAUGUCUUAAUAAAUGGUUUGUAUUUGGCUUCUCAAUGAUGUUUUCACAUUGCACCUAUUAGUAGAAUGAGAACUGGAUUUCUAUCCCAGUUAACUGUACCUUAGAUAAUGUUUCAUAUAAAGAAACCCUGGACCAAU